AUGGUGGGAUCUCUCAGCCCUUUUUCCAGUCAAAGGGCAGAGAUGAACAUCCUAGAAAUCGAUAAAGAAUUGCACUCCCAGCUGGCAGAGAAACAGCAGUUAUGAGACCUCAAGGAGAAAUUGCUUACCUCCGAAGCUACCGCUUACUCCUUGGCCAACCAGCUGCAGAAAUAUAAUAAGUUAUGCAUGCAGAACAGCCAGCAGGUGCAGGUGGACCUUGCAGGUCUGAGCUAUGAGACAUGUGGCACAAAGUGUGGGGCAUGCAGAGACAUCAUAGAGUCCAUGCUGGGCGAGAAGCAAAAUUUCAAGGAGAAGGAGCAGGCAGAGAAGCCAACUCUAGCUGAAAAGCUCAGGUCAGGGGUGCUGUGUGUGGGGCAGGCAGGUGGGAAGCUUACCCAGCUAAGGCACAUGUCACAAGAGGGGAGAGAUGUCUCAAAUCUACUCAAUCGUCAUCUCAAGGUCCUACUCACCCAAGAUGAGCCUGAAAACUACCAGGGGCAGGGCCUUUUACGAUAA